AUGGCGCGUCCCACUCCCUUCCACAUCAAAGUCUCCGACGGCGACCUCGCUUGGAUCACUGAGCGCGUGCGCACCACGCGCCUCCCCGUGGGACGAGACCUACCAGCCGACGAGCUCUGGAAGUCGUGGGGCCUCCCCGUCGAAUAUGCGCGGAAGCUCAAGGAUUACUGGGUCAACGAGUACGACUGGCGGCGCGUGGAGAGGAAGCUCAACGAGGAGCUGGAGCAGUACACGAUCCCGAUUGACCACCGCGGCGACGAACUCACCAUCCACUUCGUCCAUCACAGAUCGCCCGUGAAGGACGCGAUCCCGCUUCUCAUCGUCCACGGCUGGCCCGGGAGCGUGUUUGAGAUCAAGCCCAUCAUCCGACACUUGACACACCCGACUUCGCCGGAGCAGCAGGCCUACCAUGUCGUGGUCCCGUCUCUCCCCGGCUUUGGGUUCUCGUCAUAUCCAUCUAAGCCGUGCAGCCCGCUGGAAAUGCCCGAUAUACUCUGCAAGCUCAUGUCCUCGCUCGGGUACAGCCGCUUCAUGGCCCAGGGAGGUGAUUGGGGUGCGCAAAUAGUUCGGAUCCUGGCUACCAGGUAUCCAACGCACUGCCCAGCCGUGCAUCUCAAUUGCGUUGUAAACGGACCACCGAACCCCAUGAGACAGCCCAUUGCCUGUCUUCGCCUGCUACUGGCCUAUGUAGCGGGUGGCUGGGGGUUAGAUGAGUACGAAAAGCGGAUGCUGGGGCGGAUGAAGUGGUUCCUCGAGUACGAGGCGGGCUCCAGUGCUAUCCAAGGGACGAAGCCGCUGACGGUGUCUUAUGGGCUUACAGACUCGCCCUUUGGGAUGAUGUGUUGGCUGAGAGAGAAGCUUGAAGGUGCCAUCGGGGAGGGGUUUGAGAUUUCGCUGGAGGACUCCAUAACUUGGGCCAUGCCGUACAUAAUCAACGGCAGUCCAGGGCAUGCUGAAAUCUAUAAGUGGAUGCCAAGGGGCGAUGAACAGAGUCUCAUGAAGGCACUCUCGGUCCCGAUACCCAGCCAAGUUUCAUUUGGGGCAUCCAUCUUUCCCAACGAUGUGGUGUACAUACCCCGUUGGUGGGCUAACGGGUCGGUAUCCCAGAAUAUCAUAUUCUGGAAACAACAUGAGAAGGGUGGGCACUUCCCGUGCUUCGAAGUACCAGAGGUCCUAGCCGAGGAUAUACGAGCUUUUACUCGUGCGCUUGAUAAAACGACUCUAGAUAUUCUUAGGGAUUCUAACUAG